GUCGCUGCCUUCCCACAGCCCCACCCCGGCCCGCCUCGCCAGCGGCUAUAAAUUCCCUGCUAUCCCAACCCCGUCUUGGCUGCACACAGGGGUCUCCUUGGAGGGUCCUACCACCAGUUGGACGAGGCACUGCACCCCCUACAAGACCAUGGCUGAGGAGCUGGUUCUGGAGAAGUGUGACUUGGAGCUGGAAGCUAACGGCCGUGACCACCACACGGCAGACCUGUGCCGAGACAGGCUGGUGUUGCGGAGGGGCCAGGCCUUCCGGCUGACGCUGCACUUCGAGACCCGGGGCUACGAGGCCAGCAUGGACAGCCUCACCUUCACUGCGGCCACCGGCCCGAAUCCCAGCACGGAGACCGGGACAAAAGCUCGAUUCUCACUGUCCAGUGCCGAGGAGGAAGGCGCCUGGGCAGCCGCUGUGCUGGACCAGCAGGACACAACACUUUUCUUAAAGCUCAGCACCCCGGCCAAUGCUCCCAUUGGCCUGUACCACCUCAGCCUUGAGACCUCCACUGGCUACCAGGGCUCCAGCUUCAUGCUGGGCAACUUCACUCUGCUCUUCAAUGCCUGGUGCCCAGCGGAUGCCGUAUACCUGGACUCAGAGGAGGAGCGGCAGGAGUAUGUGCUGACACAGCAGGGCUUUAUCUACCAGGGCUCCGCCAAGUUUAUCAAGAACAUCCCUUGGAACUAUGGUCAGUUUGAAGAUGGAAUCCUGGACAUCUGCCUGACACUCCUGGAUGUCAACCCUAAGUUCCUGAAGGACUCUGGCAGGGAUUGCUCCCGCCGUGCCAGCCCUGUCUAUGUUGCCCGGGUGGUGAGCGUUAUGGUCAACUGCAAUGAUGACAAGGGCGUGCUGCUGGGACGUUGGGACAACGACUACGGGGAUGGCGUCAGUCCCAUGUUCUGGAUCGGCAGUGUGGACAUCCUGCGGCGCUGGAAGAACUUCAGCUGCCAGCAUGUCAAGUACGGCCAGUGCUGGGUCUUCGCCGCUGUGGCCUGCACAGUGCUCAGGUGUCUCGGCAUCCCCACCCGAGUGGUGACCAACUACAACUCGGCCCACGACCAGAACAGCAACCUGCUGAUUGAGUACUUCCGCAAUGAGUUUGGGGAACUGCAGAGUGGCAAGAGUGAGAUGAUCUGGAACUUCCACUGCUGGGUGGAAUCAUGGAUGAGCAGGCCAGAUCUGCAGCCCGGGUACGAGGGGUGGCAGGCUCUUGACCCUACACCCCAGGAGAAGAGCGAAGGAACUUACUGCUGUGGCCCAGUUCCCGUUUGUGCCAUCAAAGAGGGUGACCUGACCCCCAAGUAUGACGCCCCCUUUGUCUUCGCUGAGGUCAACGCUGAUGUGGUGGACUGGAUCCGGCAGGACGACGGGUCGCUUCAUAAAUCCAUCAACCGCUACCUAGUUGUGGGGCUGAACAUCAGCACGAAGGCUGUGGGCUCUGACAACAGGGAGGACAUCACCCACAACUACAAGUACCCGGAGGGGUCCGAAGAGGAGAGGGCAGCCUUCGAGAGGGCCAACCACCUGAACAAGCUCACGGAGAAAGAGAAGACGGAGCUGGCCAUGAGGAUCCGUGUGUCUGAGAGCAUGAGCAUGGGCAGUGACUUUGAGGUUUUUGCCCACAUCACCAACGACACAGCCGAGGCCCGCAGCUGCCGCCUGCUGCUCUGCGCCCGCACGGUCAGCUACAACGGGGUGUUGGGCCCUGAGUGUGGCACCAAGCAGCUCCUUGACCUGCCCCUGGAGCCCUACUCAAAGCAGAGCAUCCCCCUUCAUAUCCUCUAUGAGAAGUACGGAGACUGUUUGACAGAGUCGAACCUCAUCAAGGUGCGGGGCCUCCUGCUCGAGCCAGCCACCAACAACUACCUGCUGGCAGAGAGGGACAUCUAUCUGGAGAACCCAGAAAUCAAGAUCCGGAUCCUGGGAGAACCCAAGCAGAACCGCAAGCUGGUGGCUGAGGUGUCUCUGCAGAACCCACUGGCCACGGCGCUGUCCGGCUGCAUCUUCACUGUGGAGGGGGCUGGCCUGAUGGACGAGCAGAAGGCUGUGGCCAUCCCAGACCCCGUGGAGGCAGGCGAGGAGGUGAAGGUCAAGGUGAACCUGCUCCCCAGCCAGGUGGGCCGCCACAAGUUGGUGGUCAACUUUGAGAGCGACAAGCUGAAGUCUGUAAAGGGCUUCCGGAACGUGAUCGUCGGCCCUCCUUAAGGGUCCCUCUGUGCCCCGCCCCGCCCUGGCCAGCAACCUCAAUCUUUCUCCCAAACUCACCAGCGAAAUCUGCCCCUUCUUGGGCCCCAAAUCCCCAGGGCAAGGGUGGGCUGCCUAUGAGGGCUUUUUGGAAUAGAAUGUUAAUCCUGCCCAUCUUGUCCCCCUGAACCUGAUGCCUCAUCCUGCUUCCCUGUAAGGACUGUUCUGUGCCUCCAGAGUAAGAACUCUCACCUCCCUUUCCAGCCCACAUGCCACCGAAUCAGAAAUUGGUGCAACUGUGCACGUUGGUCGAAUCAAGGAAUUCUACUCCUAGGGUGUGUCCUCCGCCCCGUCCCUGGGUCCAGCAGUGGGGUUGUGGGGAUUUGCAAGGCUAAGAGAGGACAAGGUGUGGAGACCAGUUAGGACCUUCUGACUCUAUUGAUGAGAGAAUGUCAGAGGGGUCAUCUGGGACCUGAUCAGCAAAGACCCAGUUGUCAGUAGCUGAGGAGAGAGGGGACUGGAGCUCUGCACUGGAGAUCCCUGCCUAUCACAGCCAGCCCUGCUCCCAGGGUGUUUCUGAGCUUCCCACUGUGCCCAAAACCAUCCUGCCCACCACAAUGAGGUUCCCCAAAGCCUCAGCUGCCCGAGAUGGCCACUCACCAGUAAGCUAGGCACCUCAGCCACCCAUCCUGGCAGAGCACUUGGCCCUGAGCAAGCCCAUGAAUUUAUCACCUCUGAUGUCUCUCUCUCUCUCUCUCUCUCUUUAUCUCUCUGACUGGACUCCCCUCAGGCUGACAGAGGGAAUGGGAGGGAAUUAUCUGUCCUGGGUGAGGUCACAGCAUCCAGAGUGCCCAGGACCCCAGAGAGGGCUCAGGGGACAGCCAUGCUGGUGCACUUAAGACUUUCUGCUUUGCACAGAAAAAAAUCAUAAAAUGAGCCACAUGUCUAUGUUCUCUAUAAGCACAACAUCAUUUCUCUAUGGUUCUAUAAAGGCUUUUUGAUUGCAGGCAGUAGGUAUGCUUUUGAGCCACAAGGAGCAAGCACAGAAAUAAAAGAGUUUAUUUUUCACAUGCAGACAAA